GCCACCCAUCCAUGUAAACAGCUUCCUAACCGUGAGGCUGUAAAAGAUGUUAAUUCAGCAGACCGUACUAAUUUGCGUGGCGUUCUACUUAACUUUACAAUUAGUGUGCGUUGAUGCUCAUCAUGGUGGUGGCGGCGGUGGCCUGGGAAUACUUCUGGCAGCAGGUUUGGUUGCAAGCUUACUCCGUGGUCACGGACACACGUCACAUCAUCACCACGUUCAUCCAGUGUAUAUUCCUAUUCCAGUUAAACACCACAGUCAUCAUCAUCCUCAUGACCACCAUCAUGAAGAAUAUGGCCAUCAUCACAACCAUCAUGCAGAAUAUAGCCAUCAUUCAGAUUACUGAGAGCCAAUUUUGUUAAGUCUACUUUUUUCACUGUUAUAAAAAUCAGUAACUAUUUAAACAUUUUUAAAUAAAAUACCUAUUCAGGCAAAAAAAAAUUCCAUCAACAAAAGAAUGCUUCCUAAUAUUCAAUAAGUUAUACACACUUUAACUAUAAAAUAAAAAGAAAACAUCUUACAUAAACCUUAUUUAAAAAUAAUAAAGUGCAUUUCUAGUUAGAUUUAAUUUCAUCACUAAUGAUAUAAAGUUAUAUUUAAUUUCAUCACUAAUGAUAGAUUUAUCAGAAUAAUCUUUGAGAAACUUUGACUUCAAAGAAGCAAUCUUCAGAAAAAGUCAGUUAUCUGAUAUUUUUAACAUUAUCUGUAGGCUAAGACAAAAUUAUUGCUGUUAAUCUGUUUCGACAUGUAUUUUAAAAUAAUUUUUAUAGGUCACUGGUUAAAUCCAAAUAUAAUUAUAAUAAAAUAAAAAUUUGAUCUGACACCAGCAGAUGUAGUAGUAGUACACUGUUAAAGCUGCAGUUAAUAUAUUCAUUAAUAUUUUACCAUUUGCACAUGAUCUGUUAUAUAUUAAUCAGCAUACAGCUUUUGGUUUAACCCUAAAUG